AUGGUAGUCGGGGCGGUCAAAAUAGAUCGUUCGGGGUGUCCUGGGAUCUGUGGCCCGCAGGCCGCGACCACAUCAACCCUGUCUUUCUCAAGCUUCCGGAACUCAUUCACCACCAAUGUCAAUUACCUGAAAAGAAGCUCAGCGGAGGCGUUGCGCAGAUUCAGCUCGGGGGACCUGCAGUCCGAGUGCGAUGAGGGAGAGGUGGACCCCUACACCGGCCAGCCAGCCACCACCAGCCAGCCCAAGCCGCAGAAUCAGAGGCCGGCCUCCCAGGCUACGGGAGGCAGCAUCGGCAGUGCAUCGACGUCAACGGUGCCGCCCGCACCCAGUGCCAGCAGCAGCAGCGGCGUCGGCAGCGACCUGUCGCUCAACCUUCGUGGAGGCUCCCGCGGCACGUCGGCGCCUUCCUCGCCGGCCAAGUCGCGGGAGUCGCUGCUGCAACGCGUGCAGUCGCUCACCGGCGCCGCGAGAGACCAAGGAGCUAAUUUAUUAGGCAGCGUGACGUCCGUGGCAUCCGUCGGUCGUGGUUACAACCGAGACCGUUGCGUGACGCUACUGGUGGUGGAUGACCAGAAUACCGAUUGGUCCAAGUAUUUCCGUGGCCGACGGUUGCCUGGCGAAUGGGAUAUUCGCGUUGAACAGGCAGAAUUUAGGGAGCUGUCAGUGACGGCGAGCGGGGAAGGCUCUAAUGUGUCGAUGGCGGUCUACCGCAGCGGAACUAAAGUAACCCGUUGCUUCAAGCCCGACUUUGUUCUGGUGCGACAAAACGUGCGAGACGCUGCUUCCGAUCACCGCGCGCUCCUGCUCGGCCUGAAGUUCGGCGGAGUGCCUUCCAUUAAUAGCCUCAACUCUAUUUACCACUUCCAGGACCGGCCUUGGGUGUUUGGGCACCUACUUCAACUGCAGCGACGCCUUGGCAGGGAAAACUUCCCUCUGAUCGAGCAGACCUACUACCACAACUAUGCCGAUAUGGUAACGGCGCCGAAGUUCCCAGUCGUGAUCAAGAUCGGCCACGCGCACAGCGGAGUGGCCAAGGUGAAAGUGGACUCUCUGGCCGACUUCCAGGAUAUAGCAGGCGUGGUGGCAAUGAUAGGAACAUAUUCCACCGUGGAGCCAUACAUCGAUGCGAAGUACGAUAUCCACAUUCAAAAAAUUGGUACCAACUAUAAAGCGUUUAUGCGCAAGUCCAUAUCCGGUAAUUGGAAAACCAAUCAAGGCUCCGCCAUGCUGGAAGCUAUUGGCAUGAACGACAGAUAUAAGAUGUGGAUCGAUGAGGUGAGCGAGAUAUUUGGUGGUCUGGAAGUGUGCGCUCUGGAGCUGGUGGUAGGCAAGGAUGGGCGGGAGCACAUCAUCGAGCUGAAUGACUCCGCCACCUCAUUCAUGGGCGACUCGCAGGAGGAGGACCGGCGCCAUCUAGCGGAACUUGUCUUUCAACGCAUGCAGGCGGUUUGCCGGCCCGGCCUGACAAAGACCACAUCCCGAAGCUCAGUAGCGGGCAGCGGCGCAGCGUCCCCCGAGGAGCGCUCCAUCGCUGGGGGCCCGCCCAGCGCUCCGCCGCCUGCGCCUCUAGCCACGGCGGCCAGCAUCGACCGCCCACUGCCGCCCAUACCGGCAGAGCCUUCGCAGCCACCGCCGCCGCCGUUAGCUCGCCGUGACUCGCAAGCAUCACAAUCAUCGACCGUGUCAUCGGCAUCAGCAGCGCCGAGUACAGCCAGCAGCUCCGCUCCCCCCACCCAGUCGGCAGCCGCCACCGCGCGCAGCGGCUUCGCGCGCCAGGGAUCCCUCAGUGCCACCCUCACUGAAGACGCUGAGGACACCAUGAAGAACCUCCGCAAAACCUUCGCCGGGAUCUUUGGAGACAUGUAACACGAUCCUAACAUCCAGAACAGCCUUCCGUAACACCUUUGAGAACCACCUGUAGCGCUAUUCUUUAACGAUGUUUUUACAACUCGAAUUUAUGUAUAUCCAACUCUGUUUAACACCAUACUAAAGAUAGAGAGAGAUUUACAGGCGAAUUCGAAGCAAACACAGUCGAUUUAAAAAAAAAACAUCGUCACAGAAUUAAAGCGCUGCUGCACGAUGUUCUUUGUAAAACAAGUAGCUAUAAGUCAGAUCCUAGUGUUUACCCCGUCACAAAAAUGACAGGGUGUCAUAAGUUUGACAUUUGACGUUUGGCAUACGUGUGUGUGUGUGUGUGCGUCUGAGCGUGCAUGUGUGCGUGCGUGCGUCUGAGCGUGCACGUGUGCGUGCGUGCGUUCGUGACUGCGUGUCUCUCUGUGUGUGUAUGUGUGUGUGUAUGUUCGUACAUGCGUGUGUGUGUGUGUGAGGGUUUGUCUAAUCGUAGCUCCCGAACGGAUUAACCUAUUUUAAUUAAUUUAGGCAAGAUGGCCGCCAAUAAAUUGGAGUGUCGGGCUGCUUUUUUAACAUUUACAUCAGAAAUAAUAUCGCAGACACAAAUCACAAACAGUCUCGAAUAAAAAUUCAGAAUAAAAUAAAUUGAUUAGGAUUCUUAAUGACAAUUCGAAAAUGCAGAGUAAGGAAUGUUAAUAUCAGAUUUGGCUUAUGGCUACUUUUUAGGGAUUUUAUAUCGGUGUCGUAAUACUAAGCUUACAGAAGGCAACUUGAGAAUACUGUAGCUACCUUAAUAUGCGACAUCUUCUUAGUUUGAAAAACCACAUUGAACAUUGUAUUCAAAAUUGUUUCAGAGUUAUCCUUGAUUUCCACGUUUAGUUAAUAUUAAGUUUGUUUGCCUAUAACAUUUAACAUAAGAGAGUGUGUUGAAACUACUCAUAAAACUUUUGAACAAUGCAAAAGGUUCAGAAAAUACAUUUUCAAUGACAGAAGCCGUAUUAUGAAAUAGGUACAGAAAAAAAACAAAUAAUAAUUAACAUUAAUAUUAAAAUAAAAGUAGGCCAGCUAAGUAACAAUAUAAGGAAGGCUUACUUGUUUUUCUUUUAAAUUUUAAUAUGGUUAUAGCCAAAAUAUUAAACUAAUCAAAGAAGACAAUUUCAAAGUACCAAUUAUUAUACCAAUACCAAGUGCGAUAGAACAUUCAAGUAGGGUCCUACCUAACACGUGAGAAAGUACUUAAUCGCUAGUGAUUUACUGAUAGAUCAAUAAUAGUUUAUAAUUUAUUACAGUAUCGUGACCAUAGAUUGAACAAUAUCAGUUUUCGCGUCAAAUAGUAUAGAAUUUUACAAAAUAUCAACAGAAUGUGUAAGGAUAGUUUUAAUGUAAUAUAACGAUAGAUUUUUUACAAUAAGUUUAAUAAAUAUGAAUCAACUGAGCUACAUUGUGAUCAAAUCUGUUCAAAGCGAUACGCAUGUCGAGAAUGCGUUUCGUCUAAUACUAGAAGUAUAUAAACCUUCCACUGUAGCAAACUGUCUUAUUUUUACCAACCACAAAACGUUUUGUACGUUUGGGGUAAAAUUAUUGUUUCUCUGUUUAUGUCUUACACUAUUUCCCUGUGCAUUUAUAUUACUUUUUACUAUAUAACCUCAUUUUAAUUUCGCACUUGUUGUAUCUUCCCUAUAUCUCUCUAGCAAGCUGUUUUGUCUUUCUCGAUAUGAGCUGCAGUAGUUUCUGAUAUGAUAUAUAAAAAAUCAGCAUCUCUACAUAAAUGUUGUUAUGUUUUACAUAUCGUUAGCAUUAGACGCUUUAUAUCUAAUCUGUUAAAUCAAAUUAAUUAAAGAAUAUCAAGUACAAAAUGAAUAACUAUUCCUCAAUUUCAUCAAAUGUUCAUCUAUAUGAACAUGAUGAAUAUGCAUAUAGAUGAACAUUUCAUUCAUAUGAUGAAUAUUCAUGUUGUGGCUUUCUUUUACUCUGAUCUUAAAAAACUGCGAUAAAGCUUACUGGAAGCUUCCUUCAUGGACUCUAAAACCUCUAAUUUUGCAUCUAAAUCUAGAAUCUUGCAGACUCCACUAAUUUCCAAAUAACUUCCACGAUCUCUUAGAUCGUAUAAAUUAAGAAUAUUUAAUGAGAAGAGAUACAAUUAUAAUUAUAUUGUCUUCUUACAUUGUCAGCUUCGAGAAGCUUAAUCGCAAAGAGGUUUUUAUAAUUAAGUAUAUUCCAAUUUACGAAGAUCGAGAGAGCAUAAAAUUAAUAUGAAUAUGUAUUCAUGACGUGGUUGUUGAUAACUGGGGAGUAAGCAAUGCUAUUUAAGACAAUAUUGUUGAAUGCAAAAGAAUAUUCCACAUUUUAUAUAUCUUAUUACUAGUUGUAUCUCGUAGUUAUAAGAUUAGUAUUGUUGUAUUUGUGUGUUUCUCACGCAAUGUCUUUAUACCUACACUAGUGAAGCUUAGUCAUUUUAAUAAUGUUGACGCAAUUGUUUUAUCAAUGACUGUAAAGAUUAAGUAGGUACCUAAUAUCAUUCGCAAAUUAGCAAUAAUUUUCAUUUUGUAGGAAACCUUUGAACUAUAUGGAUUUGUAUUCCAAAGUUCUUUAAUAUCAAGAUCUGAAUCUGUGUUAUUUAAUUCUUACCUACCUUACCUACGAUAGCGCUUUUUCUACUAAUAACUAUCCUCAAAACAUAAGCUUCGUGAUAAGAUUUAUAAUUAACCAUUUGAUCAAAUUUGUAUACAUUUAAAUGAAUAAAGUAGUACAUUUUGUAUUGUUAGUAAAAUUUGAUGAACUUUAAUUUUAAUGAUGAUGUGCAAUCUACAAUCAAAAUUUUCUUUUAUUCAUCAAUUGUUACCGUGUGACUUACAACGAAUAAUAAAAUAAAUGUAUUGCGAUACUGAGUACCAAACAAAACUAAAAGUAAUUCUUAAUUAAAAGAAUUUGAACGCUAGAGAAUCUAAUUAAUAAAAAAGUAAUAGAUGUCUACCGAGGCCUUGGCAUUUGUAUCGUACAUCCUAAACUAAAUAUUACUUAGAUUAUAUUUAUACAUGCACAUGUAGAAAAUUUUUGACACUGUACCCAUUAGCUAUUAAUAAUAAGUGUCUACGAAAUGCGCAAUUAGAUGACUAUUAACAUAAAUAUAAUAUACCAAAAUAUAGAUAAAGCGGUAACGUUAAAUAUGAUUGUAAUGUCGUUGAGUUUUGUAAUGAGUCAAUAAUAAUUUUAUAUUAGACUGUUCUGCGUUUAUUGAUAAUAAGAUAAAUAAUAUAAACACUAAAUAUAAAGCUGUUGUUGUUGUUGCUAAACAAGUUAUACAUUGUGUACCUACUCAUAUGGGAAACGAAAAAGGUCUGUUGCGAUAUAAUUAUAAUGCACCUAGGUGUUUAAAUUAAUAUCAUAAUUGUAUCGCAAUGAUCUUCAGUUAGUAUAAAUAGGCAUGGCAUGUCACAAUCAUUAUAUAUUAGAAACGUAACACGAGUUGAAAAAAACUUUGAGUAGAAUGUGGAUAAUGGUUAUUAGACCAUAGUCAAUAAAAUAAUCAUAGACAACCAUUUUAUUAAAGCUGACAAAAUUGCAGCUUAUAAAGAAGGUCUCCCAAGCUUCUAUUACAAUCAAAAUACUCAAAAAGUUAGUAUGUGAUUUGACUGUUACAAAGAAAUAUCACGUUUAGCUGUAACUUGUGGUCAUUUUGAGGUCGGUAAUCAAUUCACAUUCUGUUCAAAGGUAAAAUAAUCUUUAUGGUUUAAAACCUUAUUACAUUUAAUUAAAAAAAAAAAACUUGAAUAUGAUACAGAAUUAUUAUCGACACUGAUAACAGUUUUGAUAUAAGACCUGAUCUCGAUAACAAUGAUGUAUGAAAAUAUUUUUUUUAUUUUAUUGUUUGGGACAUAAUUAUAUAUUAUACCCAAAUAAUAUUUGUUUGUUUAAUUUUAAAUUAUUCUUCGGAAUAAACAUGGCAAUAAUUUAUAAGUGAUAUAAAAUUAUUUUAGAAUUGUUUUAGAUAUCACGUGGCAUCCAUGUCUAUACGAAAGUAAUAAUGUAAUGGAAUUUGAAUGCAUGUUAAUCUAAUACUAAAUAUAUAUUACAAGUAAAUAAAUACCUCUUUUGGUAAGUCGGUAA